CUUAGCAGAUGUGUCACUGUUGCAUGUCGUCCUCUUGAACGCUCCCUACUCCCUGUCUUCCUCCCCAGGUAUUUCAACAGUGGCAGUGUUACUCUAGAAUGUGACAAGGAGUUCUGGGAUUUGAGGGACAGCGUGGUGCAGUGCGAGCUGCUCAUCCUCCGACAGCUCAACUUCCACGUCUCCUUUGAACACCCUCACAAGUAUUUGCUCCACUACCUGAUGUCUGUGAAGUCGCUGGUGAACCGCCACGCGUGGUCUCGAACCCCCGUUGCAGAGACUUCCUGGGCAUUGCUUAGAGACUGUUACCAUGGAGCCAUGUGCAUCCGCCACACACCACAACACAUUGCCAUAGCAACGUUGCACCUGGCUCUGGACAGCUAUGGAGUGGAGCUGCCGGUCGGGGAGAGAGACUGGUGGCAGGUGGGUGUUUAUGAAAAGUGCUGAUAAUUGCACACUGAA